AUGUUCUCUUGGCCAUCUCCCUCACUAGGAAAACUAACCAGCAACGAUACUAACAUAAAUCCUUUGGGACGUCCAAUAACACCAUUUGAGGAAUCCCUAAUAGCUUCUAUAUCUACUCUUGGUUCCGUUAUAGGGACCGUACUAGCAGGAAUAAUUGCAGAAAAACUAGGUCGCAAGAAAACGUUAAUCAUUUUUAGCACACCAUUUUUUUUCUGCUACCUAAUAAUAGCUAAUGCUUCGGAAGUUUUUAUUUUCUACAUUACAAGAUUGAUACUUGGAUUAGCAUCAGGAUGUGUCCUUGGUCUUUUGCCCAGCUACGUAGGUGAAAUAUCUGAAAAUUCCAAUAGAGGUUCUUUGGGAUCUGUUUUCGGUAUCAUGAAUUCUUUAGGACACUUUUUAGCUUUUGCCGUUGGUCCACUAGUAAGCAUUAAAACUUUUGCUUACAUCUUAAUGAUUCCUGUAACUUUGUUCUUUGUUACAUUUAUUCCUUUUGUUCCCGAAAGCCCAUAUCAUUUCUUAUCUAAAGAUAAUACUAAAGCAGCAGGAAAGAGUUUGAAGAAAAUUAGAUGUGAUGGAAAUUUUGAAAAGGAAUUGCUUUGUUUGCAAGAUAUUGUUAAAGACGCCAAAGAUAAUAAAGUCACAUUGAGAGAUUUAUUUUCAUCGGCUGCCACCAAAAAGGGAUUAUUAGUAUGUUGUGGAUUGUUCUUUUUUCAACAAAGUUUAGGUAUUGGUGUAGUUUUGACCUACUUACAACCCAUUUUAGAAGCCAGCGGAAAUGCUGUUCCUUCCAAUGUAGCUUCUUUGCUAAUUGGUAUUGUUCAAGUAAUUUCAUGCACUGCCGCUACCUUUGUAGUUGAUAGCCUUGGAAGAAAGAUACUGUUACAUAUUUCUUCAGCUGGAUGUUCUAUUUCAUUAUUCGCUUUGGGUUCCUACUUUAUAUUGAAUGAAAACAAUUAUAAUUUGGAAUCAGUUUUCUGGUUACCUUUAGCUAGUUUGAUCAGCUACUAUAUCUUUUUCAACUUUGGCUAUGCUACAAUUCCAUGGAGUCUUUGUGGUGAACUUUUUGCUAUAAAUGUCAAAUCUUUAUGUGCAAGUUUUGCAUCGUGUUUAUGUCUUAUUUUUUCAUUCUUAGUUACUUUGUGCUUCCCACCUUUACGGGAUGCAUUCGGAAUGGGUGGAGUAUUUUGCGUUUUUAGUGCACUGGGUGUACUAGCCAGUAUUUUUGUAAUUUUGUUUGUUCCUGAAACGAAAGGAAAAAGUUUUCUGGAAAUUCAAGACGAAUUGAGUGGAAAACAGAAAAAUAAUACAAAAGAGUAUGAUUGUUCAUGA